CCUACUACUACUGCCUGCUCUCCUUCGCUCUCUCUGUCUGUCUGUCCCUCCCCUUGCCAACCUCUUCGUGCCUUGCUGCUUAGUGCAUCCUCUGCAUCCUCUGUAUCCUCUGCGUCUUCCCAGACUGCCCUCUUUUCCUGUGCGUCGCGAACCGAUCCAUCGCUGGCUCCCAUCGGCGCCUGCCGAUCACACAUCCCUACCGGCGCAACCAGCAACCAUUGUCCACCAAAUAACCAUCCGUUGUUGAAUUUUGCUACGCCGGUCUGCAGCUAUUUAUAAGUCGCUUUCGUCUUCUCCUCAGUAUCACUGGCGUGCCAGUGGUUCCAUCGUUCCGGCGGCGGCGCAUUCAGGAGCCGACCGGUGGCAGUGUCGACCUCAUCCUGGAGCGGCUACCAGAUGACUUUGAUUUUAUCAUAGUUGAUGCGUAGUUGUUACCAUGGGGUCUUUCUUCAAGAAUCUAAGGGGAAAUACGGGCCCGUACUCGCCUACGUCUGGCUUGAACCCCCCCAAAAAGGACCCCCAUGCUUUGCCGAUGACCCCUCUAGAGAAGAUGCUUUUGGACUCCGGUCCCGUACGAAAUGAUGGUAGUGACAAAUUUUUUGGCAUGGAGAAUUAUGGCAACACAUGUUAUUGCAACUCUAUUUUACAAUGUCUUUAUUAUUCUGUUCCCUUUCGAGAAGCUGUGAUCAACUACCCGAAGCGAACUCCGAUCGAAUCGUUGGAGACUGCGCUCGCAAAGAACCUGAAAUAUCAAAGUGUAGAGGCGUUUUUGGAAGCCGAGGCCGCCGCCGCAAAGGCGAAAAAUACAGCAGGGCCGUCUUCCUCGCGUAAUGCCGGUGUGCCUCCCCCUCAACCCCAGAAGCCCGAAGACAAGGAUUCGCCAGAAUAUAAGAAAAAGGUUGCAAUACAGACGCUUCCGCUUCUUGAUGCAAAAGAUAACUCUGCCAGCUAUGGAAUGUCGGAAUCACUCUUUACAUCUUUGAAGGAUAUUUUUGAAUCAGUGGUUGCUACCCAGUCUAAGAUGGGUGUUGUCCGGCCCCAGCAUUUCCUAGAGGUGCUCCGGCGGGAAAACGAGAUGUUUCGAUCAGCCAUGCAUCAGGAUGCCCACGAGUUUCUCAACCUCUUACUCAACGAAGUGGUGACAAAUGUCGAAGCCGAAUCGUCGAAACAGAUAGCUGAUCUGACUGACAAUUCUCUACCGAACGAAACCGCUGAUUCCGACCAGACCGUCGCCAUUACGGAGACCUCUACACAGUCCACACACACAAGAGUAGAUGGCUCAACCGGGUCAAAGACGCCAAAUACAAGCCGCUGGGUACACGAACUCUUCGAGGGCACACUAACUUCGGAAACUCAAUGCUUAACAUGCGAGAAGGUCUCUCAACGUGACGAAGUUUUCCUAGAUUUGUCAGUAGACUUGGAACAACAUUCAUCUGUUACGUCUUGUUUAAGGAAAUUUUCAGCAGAAGAAAUGCUUUGUGAGCGAAAUAAAUUUCAUUGCGACAACUGCGGAGGUCUGCAGGAGGCUGAAAAGAGGAUGAAAAUCAAACGAUUGCCCAAAAUUCUCGCGUUGCACUUGAAACGCUUCAAGUAUACCGAGGAUUUACAGAGAUUGCAAAAGCUCUUCCACCGGGUGGUUUAUCCCUACCACCUACGCCUGUUCAAUACGACCGAUGACGCCGAAGAUCCAGAUCGCCUCUACGAGUUAUAUGCAGUAGUCGUCCAUAUAGGUGGUGGUCCUUAUCAUGGUCACUAUGUGGCCAUUAUCAAGACUGAGGACCGUGGUUGGCUGUUGUUCGAUGAUGAAAUGGUAGAACCAGUUGACAAAAACUAUGUGCGCAACUUCUUUGGCGAUCGACCUGGAUUAGCCUGCGCCUAUGUGCUCUUCUACCAGGAGACCACCCUAGAAGCUGUUCAGCGAGAACAGGAACAGGAGGGCCUGAACCCAGUCAAUGGCACUGCGGAUGUCAAAGAAGGCAACGGUGUUCCACUCUCAUCUCCGUUGAACCACAUCCAAACGUACCAAGGACCUCCUGAUGAUGAUGUUCACCGUUUCAGUCCCUUGAGGGCCAUACCAACGGCACCGCAAAUGUCGACUCAUCCAGAACAUGCUUUUUCGACCAGUCCUCCAGCUCCCCCACCCAUUCCAGCAGACCCUCUGCGAGAGUUAAGUCCGAAGAAGAGCGAUGUCCAGUCUCGCAAGGAACGAGCUCGAGAAGAAAAAGAGCGAAAAGCCGCCGAAAAGGACAAGGAAAAAGCCGAGAAACAAAGGAGAAAAGAGCUAGAAGCGAAACGCAGAGAUGAUUUGAAACGUGAAGAGGCAGAACUCAAAGCGGCACUUGAAGCAAGUAAAAUAAGCAAAGCCGAACAAGAUAAAAAGGCGCACGCAGAGAACGGGGAAAAUGGGCAUAAGACGCUUGCUGGUGGUUUGAACCGAUUCCGACGCAGUAGCAAGAGCCUGAGUCAUCGGUUCACAUCAAAAGAGGGCAAACGGGCAACAUCGGCUGAGUUUUCACGGUCAGAUCUUCUUUCUGAGAAUGGAAUACCUCCUGAGAGCAACAAACUCCAAGAGCAUGUCAUUGAAGAGGAUGUACCAACAACAACACCAGCCAUUCCUGAAUCCUCACCGGGACGUCCGUCACUGGAUGCAUCCAAGGGGAAAAACGACAGAGACAAAGCCAAUCACAAAUGGAAAGGGUUUGGGCUGAGAAAGAAAUCAAUGAGCCUGAUGAGUUAGCUUUGAUCCCAAGCCCAUCCACCGUUCUUCCAUUCUCGUACAUAGUCAGACGAACUUCAUUUUGAUGGAGUAUGUUCUUUCAAAAAGUAACAUUGGUGCCUUUUAGACGAGAAUACGCCUUGAUGUUCUCGCAAUUUCAUGCACGCAAUGAUGUUUUAUUACCUUUGCUUCUAUACCCUUUUAUUCGGAAACAUUGGUUUACCAUCAAGGCGUUUAUCGGUUAGGCAGCUACGAAUGGUUAUGAUUUUGCUUUCUAUCCUGGGUAUUGUAUUGUUUACAGGCAUAAGCAUGCUUUGAUUUCUGUACGCUACGAGUCUAAUCUCGUGAUGUGAUAGACAGUGCGAACAAACACAG